GCAUCAUCCUCAAUACCAUCAAAAGUUCCAGACUUCCAGUUGUGUUUACCAACCGCCCGGCGUCAUAUAUCGCACCGCACCACAGGACCCAUUGCGUCUCAUGAUCUACCGCGCACUACGACCCUCCGCACCAUUCCGCACAAUCGCUAGUCGCAUCUAUUGCAGGCGUUGUAGAAGAGGAUGCGGGAGUCUGCUAUACAAUGGCCGCUUGGUUUAGGAGCUAGGGAUCUGGUUGGCGCGGGUAUCACGGCGGUGGUCGCACGUCUUGACGCUGUCGUCAAAUUCUGUGAGCCUUCGCGAUCGCACUUUUUGGAACGAGAGAAGCUCGUCUAUCAACGUCUGGGUCACGAUCACAGCGGCAUCGUUCGCUAUUUCGGCGCCUUCGAAAAUGCCAUCGUAUUGCAGUUUGCAAGCCAUACGUCGAUUAGACAGUACUUCGCUCGGCAGAAGAAAACACAAGUCCCACUUACUCUGAAGCUUCGAUGGGUAGAACAACUUUUCGAUGCCGUUCGGUUUAUCCAUUCAAGAAACGUGUUGCAUGGCGACAUAUCGUGUAACAACGUCUUCCUCGAUGACAAUCUCGACGUAAAGCUAGGAGAUUUCGCUGGGUCCGCUAUUGACGACCAUCCCCCACUCAUCUGUUAUGAGACCAGCCACGAACUUCCUGGUGAAGAAGAUAUCUCAGCAAUGACCGAACUUUUCGCACUGGGCUCUACUGUUUAUGAGAUAAUGACGGGCGUAAAGCCAUACAAAGAGCUACCUGAGCACGAAAUAUCUGCGGCUUUCUCCGAGGCUCGCUAUCCUGAUCUAGGAACGGUCCCUGUCUUUAGGAGCACGAUUAUGAGAUGCUGGAGCCAGAGCUACGCAACUGUAGAUGAAGCCCUAGAGGAAGUGAGAUCAGAGGUCGCUACCAACAAAGAUUUACGUGUGUCCCUCACUCACCAUCUUUUCGGCCGCCGAUCAGUCUUCAUCCAUUGCCUCCUAACUGCGGUUUCCUUGAUUCCAUUGGUAGGCUGGGUACGACGCUGGAGGUUACUUCAAUGACGCGUGUCAGCAACUUUCGUAACCAAAGUCUCCCACAGCUUACCUUGGCUAUUCGCGGCGGACAUUGUGGGCGCCCAUUCACCAGGCUUUUUGGAAGAGCCGAUCAGAAUCACGUUCCCGCCCAGGUCCUUAGCUGGAGAAGCAUCUGGGCAAUAGUGCCCAUUCUCUUUGGCCAUUCGGCACUCGUCCCAUUUUCGAUUUCCUUCAAUGUGACGAGGUUGAGCUCUACAUUUACUGUAGUAAACCGAGUGGUCGAUGUAAUGGCACAUCUUCGAUGAAUUUGAGGGGAAUCAAUGAACUUGAGGGGAAUCAAUGAAUGUUCGUUGAGAUGAUUGCUUGCUUGUGGAACUAGUAAAGUCGGGCUGCUACCUCCUUCAAAUGUGGAGACCUGCAAUGCGCACUUCAAGGCGGCCGACGGUGCGCAGGGUUGUUGCACAGCCACAUUGAAGACAGCUCUGAAGCAGUCUUUUGAGCUAGGGCUACUGGACGAAGAGCCGAGUGCCUUUCGACCGAUCACUCCCUCCGACGCACAGCACAUCGUCAGCAUAGAAUGUCGACUGCGCUCUAGAUAGGUAGGUAGAGCAACACCAGUCAGGACAGACAGGGAGGGACCUACCUACUGUAAGGUAGCGUCCUGCUCUGAAUUUUGCCCGGCUCUCACCUUUAGCUAGGCAUGUAUAGUAUGUACCUCAGGUAGGUAGAUGGGAACUAACCUACAUAACAC